AUCGUGCGGGGCGGCCGCGCCGUGGGACGGGUGGGCGCUGCGGGGGGCGGGGGGUGCGCCGAAGGCGAAGCGGACAGAGCGGCAGCCGGGACUUUCGGGGUCGCGUCCUCCUCGUGUGCGCUGCACAGAGGAAGGAAGCGGGAUGUCACAGAAGCACCUGAAAGAAGCCUUCGUCAGUAACCUGAACGGAACCAGCCUGCUGGAGCUCUCCCUGGGCAUGCCCCUGGCCCCGCUCUGCCUGCUCUGCAGAGGGCUCCUCUUGGUGCUGCACUGCCAGCACCGCGGGAAGCCGUUACGCUCGAGGCCGCCCGCCCUGCUGCUGGACUUCGGCGUGCUGGUCGCCCCUCUGCUGUUCUCCUGCACAGUCCUGUCUCCGGUGCUGUUCCUGGUUCCAGCCAUCCUCGCAGCCUUCUGUGCAGGGAUAUUUUUUACACUAUACCGCCAAAGGCAGCGUGACAGCCGAGUGCAUUUCAGGCAAAUAGUCAAAGACUUCCAGAACACGUACCUGGACCCGGACUACGUUCCGGCGAUAACGGUGUUCCGUGUCUAUGUCAAUGUGUUGACUUCCAUCAGCAUCUUAGCAGUGGAUUUCCCGCAGUUUCCACGACGAUACGCCAAAGCCGAGACCUAUGGGACAGGAGUUAUGGAUCUGGGGGUUGGAGCUUUCAUUUUCAGUAACGCCCUCGUUUGUCCUGAAGUUAGACAAAAGGCGGCUGUGACGCAACCCAAAUUUUCCAGUCUGACCAAGCAGCUUUUUGCCAUAUGGCCACUGGUUGUUCUUGGCGUUGGACGACUCCUUAGUGUUAAAUCCAUAGAGUACCAUGAGCACAUUUCAGAGUAUGGCGUGCACUGGAAUUUUUUCUUUACCUUAGCACUGGUGAGGAUUGCGGCAUCUCUGCUCUUAGCCAUAUUUCCCAAAAAUAAAUCUUGGAUCGUGGCUGUAACUGUCGCUGUACUUUAUCAGCUCAUUCUUAACCUUACCUCUCUGAAGACAUUUGUCUUGCACGGCAGUGAUGGCGAAGACUCCAGGACAGGCUUUUUGAAUGCCAACAGGGAAGGAUUGCUAUCCCUCUUUGGGUACCUAGCCAUAUACAUGGCAAGUGUGCAGGUGGGGCUCUAUCUGCUGAAGCGCAGAGAUUCAGUCAAAGAGUGGAUGGGAGCAGUGUGCCUCCUGCUGCUGGCAGCUCUUGUGCUCUUUGUGUUUCUGCACAUAUCCCAGGCCCACACAGACCCCGUGUCCCGCCGCAUGGCCAACCUGUCCUACUGCCUGUGGGUCAUCGCUUACUGCCUGACCUUGUUUGUCAGCUUCGUAGUGGCUGAUCUCAUGCUGGUGUUCACAAAGCUUCUUGUGAAGGGCUCUGCUGUGCCCUCGUGCUGGCGUGCUGUGAAGGCUCCGGACAGCAGGGAGCAGCGGCAGGCAGAGGCUGUGCACGUCUGUCUGAUUGCUGCCAUUAAUAAAAAUCAGUUACUGUUUUUCUUAUUAGCGAAUGUUAUGACUGGUAUUGUGAAUGUAAUGAUAGAUACCAUCCACAGCAGGGCUGCAUUAACAUUAUGUAUACUGCACUUGUAUAUGUUUCUUAACUGUUUCAUUAUGUAUAUAUUGCACGCCAAAAAUAUAGUAUUAAAAUUUUGGUGAUUCCA